CGCGCUUCUCUCCAUCUCUCCUUCUCCCCGCCUCCUUGCUCCCAAAUCCCACCUCCAAAUCCAGUUCCACCGAUCGGGACCGGAAGCGAUGGCGGCGAUGGGACAUCUCGGCGACCCGUACGCGCUGCACUCCGUCGCCGACCUUCCCCCGCCGUUCCGCUCCGCUUUCGGGUUCAGGUAUUUCAAUUCCUUGCAGAGCGAGUGCUUCCCUGCGUGCUUCCUCUCGGAUGUAAACAUGGUUAUCUCUGCGCCUACCGGGAGUGGAAAGACCGUGCUGUUUGAGCUCUGCAUUAUGAGGCUUCUCUCAAGGUUCCUCUCGUCAGAUUGGAGGUUUAAUUUGAUCAAAGGAACCUUGAAAACAAUCUACAUCGCUCCAAUGAAGGCAUUGGUGCAGGAGAAGUUGCGUGACUGGAACAUGAAGUUGGGCUCGUUGGGAAUCAAUUGCUUGGAGAUCACUGGUGACAAUGACUUCUAUAACAUCAAAUCCAUACAUGACGCUGAUUUAAUUCUCACAACUCCUGAGAAGUUUGAUUCUGUGAGUCGUCAUGGAAUAAGAGAUGGUGGACUGGGUUUCUUCAGUGACAUUGCUUUGAUUCUUAUUGAUGAAGUUCAUCUUCUCAACGAUCCCCGUGGAGCGGCCUUAGAAGCAAUUGUCAGUAGAAUAAAAAUGCUUUCUCGACUUGGCACAAUGAAAUCUGCCCCUUUGGCAAAUGUUCGAUUCGUAGCAGUUUCUGCUACUAUCCCUAAUAUUGAGGAUAUAGCGGAGUGGCUGGAAGUACCUUCUGAAGGAAUAAAAAGAUUUGGAGAAGAGAUGAGGCCAGUGAAAUUGACAACCAAGGUUUUUGGCUACGCUCCAGCAAGAAAUGACUUCCUAUUUGAGAGGAGGCUCCAAAGUUUCAUUUAUGAUAUACUGAUGCAACAUUCAAGAGGAAAGUCUGCACUUGUUUUCUGUUCUACUAGAAAAGGCGCACAAGAAGCAGCACAGUGCCUUUCACAAACUGCAAGUUCACUGGGAUAUUCAAAUCCAUUUAUGAAAUCGAUGCAGCAGUAUGAACAUCUAAAGGAGGCAGCCCUAACCUGUAGUGACAAGCAGUUGCAGGCUUGUAUCGUACAUGGAGUUGGUUAUCACAACGGUGGUCUUUGCCUAAAGGAUAGGAGUGUUGUUGAGGGACUAUUCCUGAAGGGUGAUCUUCAAAUACUUUGCACGACGAAUACUUUGGCACAUGGUAUCAAUUUACCUGCACACACAGUGGUGAUAAAGUCAACACAAUUUUUCAACAAAGAGAAGGGCCUCUAUGUAGAAUAUGAGAGAUCCAUGGUUCUUCAGAUGUGUGGGAGGGCUGGGCGCCCACCAUUUGAUGAUACUGGAACAAUUAUAAUCAUGACAAGAAGAGAGACAGUGCAUCUGUAUGAGAACCUUCUAAAUGGAUGUGAAAUGGUGGAGUCUCAGUUACUUCCAUGUGCGGUUGAGCAUCUAAAUGCAGAGAUUGUUCAGUUGACGGUGUCUGAUAUAACUUUGGCUAUUGAGUGGCUCAAGUGUUCGUAUUUGUACAUAAGGAUAAAGAAGAAUCCUCAGCAUUACGGAAUUAAGAAAGAGAUUCCACGUGAACUUCUUGAAAAGCAAAUGAAAGAUAUAUGUGUUGAGAAGAUCCAUGAGCUGGGGGAGUAUGGGCUAAUUUGGACAGAUGAAGAUGGUUUCCUUCUAAAACCAUUAGAACCUGGGAAGCUGAUGACAAAAUUCUAUCUGAAAUUUGAUACGAUGAAGCUUAUUGUCAAAGCUUCUGCCUGUUGCACUUUAGAAGAUCUUUUGCAUAUCAUCUGUCACUCUGCAGAGAUUACUUGGAUCCAACUACGCCGAAAUGAGAAGAAGCUCCUUAAUGACAUAAAUACUGACAAAGAGGGAAGGCUUCGGUUCCAUGUUGUUUGUGCAAACGGAAAAAGGAAGAAGCGUAUUCAAAUGAGAGAAGAAAAAAUAUUUAUACUGGUAAAUGACUGUUUAACUGGGGACCCUCUAGUCCAUGAUUUAUCCCUCAACCAGGAAACAAAUUCAAUAUGCUCAAAUGGAUGCAGAGUUGCCAAAUGCAUGAGAGAAUAUUUCAUAUACAAAAAGAAUUACAAAUCUGCCAUAAAUUCUAUGCUCCUUGCGAAAUGCUUGCACCAAAAACUUUGGGAGAGCAGUUCAUUUUUGCUGAAGCAAUUGCCUGGAAUUGGAAUUGUCACAGCAAAGGCACUGAAGACUGCUGGAAUUGAUUCUUUUGAGAGUUUGGCAACUGCUGAAGCUAGGAAGAUAGAAUCCGUAACAGGACGCAAUUAUCCAUUCGGAUAUAGUAUAAAAAGUUCCCUAUCAUCAUUAAGCCCCAAAAUUGACAUGAACAUAGAGGAUGCUGGAAACAGACAGGGAAAGUCAACAAUUAUAGUAACACUGUCUCGCCUGUCACAGGCAGUUCAAUCCAGUAAACAGAAUUAUGCUGAUAUGGUUGUGGGCUCAGAGGAAGAUAAUAUGAUCCUUUUCCAUGAGAAAAUAAAGACUCAAGAUUUUUCCAGUCCAUACUCUGUGAAACUGUAUGUGUCAUGCCCCCCAAAUGCCAGGGUGACUCUGAAGGUUGACCUCAUUUUUGAAGAAUACGUUGGUCUUGAUAUACACAAGAAGCAUGUGGUCAGCAGGGAAGAUUUGCAAGCAACCAAAGUGUUUGGGAUUAAAAAGGCAGAAUUCUUGCACAAUCUGCCUGCAGAGAGUUGUUUGGUUAGCUCUAGAACAACUCGAACAAACCAAUCUCAGUAUCAUAAUGGACAGAGCCCACUUUCUAAAGAGGUAUAUGUUAUAGAAGAUGAUGCUAUGGCCAAUGCUCCAGAUAAAGCUUAUAAUGAUGUGGACAUUCUGGGAACAAGAGAGUACAACAACUUAGCUUCAAUGGAGGUCCCAAGCUUUACUCUACUGCCUGAAGAAGAUUAUGAAGAUAUUCAAGAUGAAUUGGUUUCUGAACCAAGAGAGGCAGAAUGCAAAAGUGCCACCAACAAUACAAUUUUUGAACACAUUCGCAAGAAAUCCAGAGAUUUCCCCGCUCUGUUGUUGUCGAAAUCCAUGGAUAGCUCUUAUGAACCUUUGAUACUUAAGAAAAUGAAGACAUCAGGCGAUCAGUUUGGACUGGAUAAGAGCAGUCUGCAUGCAGAUGAUGAGGUCAUGCCUAUGGUAUCUGAUCGUACUGAGGCUAGAGUCUCUCCAACCAAUACAGCUGAGAGGUGUCGCAACAUCCUGAGCAGCAGUGCAGAAAAGAGCUCCUUUCGGUUUACAGGAAAACCGGGGAGUCUAUCUCAGCUGAACAGAACUCAAGACAAAAACUCUACUCAACUUGCAGGUAAAAGAGAAAACCCAUCUGAGAAGAGCAAAGCCCUAAGCAGGAUCCAAGAUGAGAGCCCUCUUCAAUUUGCAGGUAAAAGGGAUAGCUCAUCUGUUCCCCUAAACAAGACUCCAGAUGAGAAUUCUCUUCAAUUUUUAGGUAAAAUGGACAGCUCAUCUGAGAAGUGCAAAUCCUGCUUCAGAAGUCCACUCGCAGAUUUCCAGUCCAUGCAAUGUACAAAGCAAGUCGCAGCCUCAGUCCAACCUCUCAGGAUUCAGGAUUAUUGCAAGGAUAUAUUAGCAAGUGCAAAGGGCAGUGGGACUGGUGCAUCUUUUCUUGGCGUCAAGAGUGUCUUCUCAUUUCUCUGACCCAGUGGUGAUCUUGUGCAGCGC